ACAGCGGAUUCCGAUAUCAGCGAGAAGUGUUCCAGCAACAGGGAUGUGUGAUGAUUUGUAACGAGAUCUUAUGACUCCUAACUCAUCCUCUAAAACACAGUUGACCACCGCGAAACUUCCUCCGCCGCAGAACACCCAACUCAAAACCUGGGAAUGUCACUGCUGGAGGUGUCCUGGCAUCGGAAAAUCCGGUGGAUUCCCACAACCCUGAUCAUUCUGCCCAUUUGCGCAGUCUGCCUGGUGCCAUGGGUGCCAUUGAGCAAGGAAGUGUUCUGGUUGAUGAUCGGCUAUGGCUUCCAUACGGGGCUGUGUAUUACUGCAGGGUACCACCGCCUGUGGAGCCAUCGCGCCUACCGUGCGUCUUUCGUGCUGCGACUCUACCUCGCCAUCUUCGGCGCCGCGGCCCUGGAGGGCCCGAUCAGGUGGUGGGCGCGCGAGCACCGCGCCCACCACCGCUACACCGACACGGACGAGGACCCCUACAGCAUCCGACGGGGGCUGUUCCACGCCCACCUCGGAUGGAUGGUGCUGGCGAAGCCGCAAGCACAACCGCCCGGGAAAACCCAGCGCACACGGCGCCACAUCGACCUCUCCGACCUCGACGCCGACGCGGUCGCCGUCUGGCAGAGUCGGUACUACGCAUUGCUGGCCGUACUGAUGGGCUGGGGGUUCCCGACGGUGGUGGGCGGGGUCUUGUUCCGGGAUUGGAUGGGCGGGCUACUGUACGGGGGCAUCAUCAAGAUGGUCCUCGUCCACCACAGCACCUUCUGCAUCAACUCACUGGCGCACUACCUCGGGGACCGGCCCUACGAUGACCAGGUCACCCCGCGCGACAGUUUCCUGGCCGCGGUGCUGACGCUGGGCGAGGGGUAUCAUAACUUCCACCAUAAUUUUCCGUCGGAUUACCGCAAUGGGGUCCGCUGGUAUCAUUACGACUGCACCAAGUGGGCGAUCGCGGGGUGGGCGAAGGCGCUCACCCGGCGGAUGGAGGCCCUCCCGCAGGCUGUGCCGGUGGAGAAGUUGCUGCGGGUGGACUGGGCCGAGUAUCGGGGUAUGGUUGAAAAGGGCCGGUUUUUGGUGGCCGUUGAUGGGGUGGUGCAUGAUGUCGGCGCGUUCAUGGCGGAGCAUCUCGGGGGAGAGCAUUUGAUUCAGGCCUGGGUUGGGAAAGAUGCCACGAUGGCGUUCCAUGCGGGCAUUUAUAGGCACUCGAAGGUGGCAAGGAAUAUUCUGGCCUGUAUGCGGGUGGCCGUACUCGAGAAUGAACAGCCAGGGAAUGGGUCCUAA